CGGCCCGGGCGCGGAGACCAGCAUGGAAGGCGCGGCGGGCGACCCGUACCAGCGGCCGGCGCGGCGCACGCAGUGGCUGCUGAGCGCCCUGGCGCACCACUACGGGCUGGACCGCGGCGUGGAGAACGAGAUCGUGGUGCUGGCCACCGGCCUGGACCAGUAUCUGCAGGAGGUCUUCCACCACUUGGACUGCCGAGGCGCUGGCCGCCUGCCGCGCGCCGACUUCCGCGCGCUCUGCGCGGUGCUGGGGCUGCGCGCCGAGGAGGCCGCCGCCGCCGCUGGGGAGGCCGCCGGGGAUACGGCCGCCGAAGACACGAACUCCGGGGGUGGGAUCGCUGGGGACACGGCCGCCGGGGUGGCCGCCAACGGCGACGCGGACGUGGAGGAGGAGGCGCGCCUGGCGCUGCGCGCGGAACCGCCCGAGCUCACCUUCCGCCAGUUCCACGCGCGCCUGUGCGGCUACUUCGGCGCCCGCGCCGGGCCGCGCCUGCCCCGCGGUGCCCUCAGCGAGCACAUCGAGACGCAGAUCCGCCUGCGCCGCCCGCGCCGCCGCCGCCGCGCCGCCCGCACGCCCGGCCUCGACGGCGGCCCCGACGGCGGCCCGGACAGCGAGCGCCUGGCGCGACUGGAGGAAGAAAACAGCAGCCUGCGCGAGCUGGUGGAGGACCUGCGGGCCGCGCUGCAGAGCAGUGACGCGCGCUGCCUAGCGCUGCAGGUCGGCCUCUGGAAGAGCCAGGCGGGCACCCGGGAGGCGGCGCGCGGCGGGCCCGAGGCGGCGGCGCGGGAGCUGCGGCAGGCGCGGGGCGCGCUGGCGGCGGCCGAGGCGCGCGCGGGGCGGCUGCGCUGGGGCCAGGCCGAGGUGCGGCGGCGCGCGGAGGAGGCCCGGCGGGCCGUGCUGCGCAGCCUGGGCCGCGUGCGCGAGCUCGAGGCGCUGGCGCGCCAGGUGCCGGGCCUGCAGCGCUGCGUGCGGCGGCUGGAGGGCGAGCUGCAGCGCUACAGGUCAGAGGGCACCCAGCGCCCAGCCUCCCCACGAGCCGGCCCGGAGCCAGAAGCCAGGAGGGGUGGAGCGGAGGAUGGAGGGACCAGAGGUCCAGCCCCGCCACCAGAGGGAGCCUGGGGGCCCGACAGCAGCUCGGGGAGCAGAUCCCUGGAUGAAGCCCCUGCUUCCCCAGCGGUGGACGAGCAGCUCUUCCGCUCGGUCGAGGGCCAGGCUGCCUCUGACGAGGAGGAAGACGAGAAGUGGCGGGAGGACGAGAGGCCACCGGCCGAGGUCAAGGCCCUGCUGGCCGGCCUCUCCAGCUGCCGGCGUGGGUGUGAUGAGCAGACCGCCAAGGAGCUCGUAACUUACUUCAGUCACUUCAGCAGCACCGACCACGCCCGAGCCCUGGGGGAGCUGGAGGCCCGCGUCGCCAUGCUGGUGGAGCAGCUGGGGACCCACGGCUGCGCUGGGAAGACCCUGGGGACACCUGGGGAGGAGGCAGAGCUGCAGCGGAAGGCGGACGAGAACGAGCGCCUGAGGCUGGAGCUGCAGAUGGUGGAGACGGAGAGGGUGCGGCUGUCCCUGCUGGAGGAGAAGCUGGAGGACGUGCUGCUGCUGCUGCAGAGGCUCCGGGACCUGAACAUAUCAAAAAGAGCCCUGGGGAGGACGGUGCUGAGCACGCUGGAUGCCUGCAGGGACCCCGCACACGACGGGACGUCUGGCCCCUCGGCCAUGCUGGAUGCCCUGCACCGAGCUUUGGCUGGCUGUGAGCUCCUGCGCAGAGAGCCCUCGGCACCAGCCUCUGCAGCUCCUGCAGUCACCAACUCCCUCCUUGUUUCCUGCUGAUGUUGCUGGCCCAGCCUGUGGGCCUCCUGGGCAGCCUGGCCACCAUCACUUCCUCAGAACCCUGGAGGCGCCGGCUCCUUCUGAGACUGGUCCAAGCUCAGAGCCCAGCAGCCAUCCCUAUCUUGGGCUCCUCCCAGAUUCCUUUGCAGUCCCUGCAUUCCUGCUGCCAGUGUCCACAUUUCCCUACGGUUGCUGGAUCAACCUGUACCUGCUGCUGCAUCCCUUUUCUGCCCGGUCCAGUCCAGACUCCCUUCCCUGGCUCCCAGGAUCUCUUCCCUUCCCAGCACUGUCCCCUUCUGCCCUGCAGCAGGCCUCUACGCCCCCUGGUCCACUGGGGAAACUACCGAUGCCCCAGGAAUUGCUGAAGGCCAGCUAGGGCUGGGGGAACUCCAAGGGGGGCAGAGUGAUCACUGCAGGCUUCCUGGUGGAGGUGGCCUUGAACUAGCUCUAGAAGAGGGACGGAAUUUAGACAGGCAGAGAGGAGGGAAGGGCAUUUAAUGUGAGGUAACGGUGAGAGCAAAAGUGUGGAGCCAGAAAGGGCCCCCAUGAGUACAGACCCCAGAGCCCCUCUUCCCUGAGCACACAGUAGGUACGGGCCUCAUGGGGUCACAGGAAAGAGGAGGACAAGCUGCCUGGUCUCAUCUACCUUAAACCCUUGUAGGGGAGAAAGACACGUUGGCAUGCAGUGCACUGCGGGUGAAAUGUGGGCUACACUGAGGGAAGAGAGGUGCCGAGAGGCCAGCUGAGAGGGACCAGUCCAAGCCGAGGAGGAGGAAGCACUGCAGAGAGGGCAGGACGAGGGCAGGCGCCUGGCGGGGAUAGGGCAGGUCAGGGGGGCUUGAUGGCAGACCAGGACUCCAUCCCCCAGGCAGUGGGGGCCACGGGAGGGGGGAGACAGGAGGCUGCAGGACUGUGGGAGCAAAGAGUCACCAGAGGGUUGGAGCAGAGCCAUGGGGACACAGAAGGGGAGCCGUGGGGGAGGGAGAUCGGGGGCCCCGGGACCAGCAGGCACUCCUGGGCAGGGCCCACAGGGAAAGCUGGAGGACAGCGCCUGGCCUCGUGCCUGGCCACAGGAAUCCACACAUGUGUUAAGAUUCAUGGAACUGGAUGUUCCUCUCCAAAAAGUCAACUUCACUGCAUGUUAAUAAAACAUGAAAGGGACCAGAGGAAAUAUUCCUGAAGCACCCCUGCUCUGGCCGCCUGGAACCUGUGACAGCA